AAAAAAAAAAAUAAAUAAUAAAAUGGAAUUGAAAUAAUAAAAUAACAAAAACAAUAUAAAGGACAACAAAAAGAAAGAAACAAAAUAUAAAAAACAAAAAAACAAAAAAUAUUCUUUAUAUACUCUUGAUAUAAUGAAAAAGUUUAAUUAAAUAACUAGUGUAAAUAAAGGAAAUCUAAAUUAAAAAAAUUUUCAAACAAUAAAAAGAAAAUUAAAUAAAAUUUAAUAUAAAUAAUAAAUUAAUAUUAUAAAAUAAAAUAAAAUAUAUUAUAAAUGUAUAUGUAUAUAGGAUAUAUAAAUAAUAUUAAAUUAUAUAAAAUGGAGAAAGUUUUAUGGAUAGUAUUUGCUUUCAUUUCAUAUUUGAAAUAUAGUAAAAGUUAUGAGCAUGGUGAUGGUUAUAAACCAGAGGGUGAAACUUUAUUAGUAUUAGUUAAUGGUUCAGCUCAAAUAAAAUGUGAUGUUUCAUCAAAUUUACCAAAUGAUCAAGUACUUUUGGUUGUUUGGUAUAAAAAUAAUCUUCCAAUAUACAGCUAUGAUACUAGAGGGACGCAUGCUAUGUCUCCCUCACAUUGGCGAGAUGAAGAAGUUUUAGAAAAUAGAGCAACAUUUCGUACUGUAAAAGAACCAGCUGAACUUAUUAUCGAUGGCGUUCGAGAAAAAGAUGCAGGGAAUUUUCGAUGUAGAGUAGAUUUUAAAUUAUCACAAACUAGAAAUAGUAAUGUCAAUUUGCAAGUAGUUGUACCACCACAAAUACCACAAAUAAUAAAUGACCGUGGAGAAUAUAUAAAAUCAAGAGCGGGACCAUACGAAGAAGGUGGUGAUUUACAAUUAAUAUGUAUUGUAAUUGGAGGUAAUCCACCUCCGUCAGUUACGUGGUCAAUGAAUGGUCAUGUAUUGCCAAGUACUAUAGACUUUUCAAAUCCUCAAGCAAUUAACAGUAAAUUGAUUGUGAGAAAUUUAUCACGAAUACAUCAACAUGCCGUUUUUAAAUGUGAGGCUAGUAAUUUUCCAAAGAAAACAAUGGCAGCAAAUGUUACUAUUGAAUUAUAUUUAAGACCAUUACAAGUUGAAAUAUCAUUUAAUAAUCAACCGAUGUCAGCUGAUAGAAAAUAUGAAAUUGAAUGUCAAGCAAUUGGUUCACGUCCUCCAGCAAAAAUUACAUGGUGGAUGGAUAAUACUGAAUUAUUAGCAACACAAAAGGUUUCAGAAGAUGGUAAUAUCAGUAUAUCAACACUAACAUUAACACCAACAAGACAGGAUAAUGAAAAGGAAUUGAAAUGUCGUGCUACAAAUGAAUUAGUUAAGCAUGGUAUACGGGAAAAUAUAAUGAAAUUAAAUGUUUUUUUUAUACCAACACUACAAUUAGAUUUAGGAUCAAAUCUUAAUCCUGAAGAUAUUGAAGAAGGCGAUGAUGUUUAUUUUGAAUGUAAAGUUCAUGCUAAUCCAGCUGCAUAUAAAGUUGUUUGGAAACAUAAUAAUCAAUUAAUACAACAUAAUCAAAAGUUGGGCGUAAUUGUUAGUAGUGGUGAUCUAGCAUUACAAGGGGUUACACGUCAUCAAGCUGGAAAUUACACGUGUACAGCAUCAAAUGUGGAAGGUGAUGGUGAUAGCAAUAUAGUUGAAUUGAAAGUCAUGUAUAAACCUAUAUGUCGGCCUGAUCAAAAACGAGUUUAUGGUGUUGCUAGAAAUGAAGCAGCUGAAAUAUUAUGUGAAGUUGAUGCAUAUCCGCCACCAGAAUCAUUCAAAUGGUCUUUUAAUAAUACCGCAGAAACAUUUGAUAUGCCACAAAGUGGUUUUAGAGCUCAUUCUGCACAAGGAUCAACUCUUACUUAUACACCUGUAAAGGAAAUGGAUUUUGGCACGAUAAUGUGUUGGGCGGAUAAUGUCGUCGGUCAGCAAAAAGAACCUUGCGUAUUUCAUUUGAUUGCAGCCGGAAAACCAGACCAACCAUUAAAUUGUACUGUUGCUAACCAAACAUCGGAUUCAUUAGAAGUUUAUUGUAAUGAAGGAUUUGAUGGUGGUCUCCGGCAAUGGUUCCUUAUGGAAAUAUUUGAUCAACAAACUGGUAUACUACAAGCAAAUUUUUCAUCUAAAUAUCCUAUUUUGGGUGUAAAUGGUUUAGAUUCCGGAAAAUUUUUUAAAAUUUUUAUUUAUUCAGUAAAUAUGCGCGGUCGUAGCGAUCCAGUACAACUUGAAGGUUAUACAUUAAAAGCAGCUGAAAAGCAAACAGUAGCUUUAACUUCAUUCAAAGGAUCAAAAGAUGAAUUUCAAUUAACACCGAUUUUAUCGAUUGGAAUUUUUGUUGGUAUACUAGUUGCUAUUAUUUGCAUUGGAAUUGGUACAAUAGCUGCAUUGAAAUUACGUACACAUAAACAUCAACAGAAAUAUCAGAAUCAAAAUCAAAAAUUUUCACGUCCAGCCAAUUUACAAAUAAAAGAUAAAAUAUCAUUACCGAUUAGUCAUUCAGAAGAAAUGUAUGAUGAAAAAAAUCCAGAUGUUGUACCAUACAAUGAGAUUGAUGCAGAAUACAAAUUGAAAUCAGCAAAUCAAACACCCUCCGGUCAUUUAUCUCAAACUAGUGAACCAGAAGUUUCAACAAAUAUUGCUGACGAACGUGUCACAUAUCAAGCUAAUAAGCAAUCUUCUGAUGAACUGCAUUAUGCUGAAUUAUCAAUAACCAAUGAUGGUACUUGUGUUGGUGUUGGUAAUAUUAAAAUUCAACAACCAAAUUGUAAUACAGUUGGUGGUAGUGGUGGUGGUGGUAGUAGUGGUAGUGGUAAUGUUAUCAAUACAUCAACAUUAACACGUAAACCACCAUCGUAUGAUUAUUUCGAAGAGCCAACAAUAUAUGCACAAAUUGAUCAUUAUAAAACAUCAGCAACAAAUACAGGAAGUCAAAUAGCAUCAGCUGUAUGCUCAUCAUCAUCAUCAACACAAUUUCCACCAUGUAUAUCACCAGUAAAUCCAAGUAAUAAUAGUUGUACAAGUGGAUUAAGUAUUGGUACAAUCGGUGUCAAUGUCGGUAGUAGUGGUAAUAUAUUAAUACCAUCACAUCAAAUAGCGACCGGUAAUAGUGGUAAUACUAAUUUAUAUGCAAUUAUACCACCAAAUAAUAUAACAGGAUCAGCAUCAGGUUUUCAUCAUACAUUACCGCAUGUUAAUCAUCAUGGUAGUAAUUUAACAUCUAGUAAUUUACAUCAUACAUUAAUAUCACAUAAUAAAUCAUCACAACAACAACAGCAGCUACAAUUACAGCCUCAACAACAACCGCAGCCUCCACAAUAUCAUCAUAGUCAUUAUACAACAACACAACCGCCACCACCACCACCUAUUGGUAUGGUGGCUAGUACUAGUGGUAGUAAUUUUAAUCAAAUAAAAACUCUUCCUACAGCUGUUGGUGGUGCCGGUAGUAUUUCUUCAAUAUCAACAUUAGCUCCUACAACUGUAUUAAAUACAAAUAAUAAUAACAAUAAUAAUAUUAAUAAUAAUAACAAUAACAAUAAUGCAACAAAUAGUGUAUCUACUCCCGGUAGCGGUAAUGGGCAAUAUUCAAGAGAAAUUGUUACUGUUAGAACACCACUUAUGUAUGCGCAACAAGAGAGCUGUGUUUAAUUUGUAAAGAAGUGAAAAACUUUUUAAUUUUUUGAUCUUAUUUUUAUUUUUUUUUUUAUAAAUGUUUCUUGUGAAUCCUUCUUGUUAUAUUCAAUACACUCGAAUUUUCCUCUGCUAAUCGUUUUGCAUAAGUAUAUUUAAUUUUACAAUUUAAGAAUAAAACAUUUAUUUAUACUUUCACAAAUAAUUGAUAAACUGGUUUGAGGUUUUCUGCAAAAAUUUGAUUUAAAAAGAAACUGUCCAUUCCUUUGAAAAAAGUAAAAAACACAAACUCUGCUUUUAGGAACGUAAAUUUAAUUUACAGUCUAGAAUUCACAAGACCAUAAUUUUGCAUAGUUUAUAGGAAUUGCUGUUUUUGAGUUUUCGAAUUUAACAAUUUUUAAAAAUAUUAUCUUUAAGUUUAUACUGGUAUGAUUUAAACUAUAGAAAAUGACAUUUUUUGGACACAAUUUUAUACCAGAUUAUGGAUUUCUGCUCAAAAUUGUAAAUAGAUUUGUUUUUGAAAAAUUAUUGCUUGUCAUAUACAAAUAUUCCAGUCAAAUUAAGUUACUCAAUUACUAUCUUGAGCCUUUUAUGUACUCCUUUCCUAACUAUAUCCUUACAUAUUAUGAGAUAUUUGGUUUUCCGAAUUUUCUAUCAAUUGCUAACAGGAAAUUCAUAAAUUUUGAGGUUUACUAAAUGAUUAUAAUUGCAACUGAAAUAAAAUCAAAACGUAAAGUAAAAACGUUUCCCUGCACCUGAGUUAUACCCUGCAACUUAACAACCUGAACACAAAGGCUUGUUUAUGAAAUAUUUAGAAUUAGCUUUCGUAGUUGUAUGGCAGUUACCCGAAACUCUCAAUCCAUAUAAGAACAUCAUAGAUAUAUCUGGGCUAUAAUUGGACAUACCACUACCAAAUUUCAUGCGUCUAGGUUUAUAAUUUUUUUAUUUUUAUAAACCAUUCACAAAAACUUCAAUGUUAAGUGCUAUCUCAAAUUGACCAUGUUACUGCCAAGUUCCAUGAAUCUAGCUAACCGAAGGUGCAGGGUAUAAAAGUGGUGCUUUAAUUAAAUUCUAUUUCGUUAUUUAUAAAAGAUUGAGCAUUUUCCUUUCACCGUCAACGAUUUUGCAAUUAAAAAGGAAAAAAAUUUUUUUGCGGCUCUUAUCGGCAAGGACAAUAAUAUUAUGUUUUCUCUUUUUCAAAAUAUUUUGUUCAAAAUUUCACUAGUAAGCGACCUUGUCAGUAUAAUAACCAAAAAACUUUUCCUACUAAUUAAUGAAAAGAUAACAACCAAAAACAAAAUAUGAGAUUUUUUUAUAAAAUUUUACUUCUCCAUUUCAGUGAUAUUGUUAGAAAAUUCUAAAGAACAAAAAAUGUUCAA